UAUAUGUAUAGCUUUAGCUAGAAACUAAUAACUCUAGCAAAGCUUUAUAGCUAGCUCUCUUUCUCUUUUUACAGUCUUCGAUUGUGCAUGAGAUUUUCAUCAAGGCAAGACUGAAAGAGAGCUUUAGCUAUACAUAGAAACUAACUCUCUAGACCAAAGGGUUAUAUUAAAAUGAGUCGAGAAACCAAUCACGAGAUAAACUCAGCUCCCAUAACGCCGAGGCCAUCAGCACCAGCAGCGGCUCAACCACCGGUGUCGUGUCCACCGUCGCAGUAUCACUCGCCAUCUUUGUCGAGGUCGCCUCUGCUAGAUGGGGCUGCACAUGGUGAUGGUCACCCACCACCACCGUCUCAAAGCAAGACUCCUAAGACCCCUAGAACCCCACGACUCUCCAUCACCCCAAGACAGCUUCUCACACCGUUCAUAACUCCUUUGGGAAGCCCGGUUAGGAAGGCUUUGAGGCUCACCAAGCUUGACCCUCAAGACGCUUGGUUACCCAUCACUGAGUCUAGAAAUGGCAACCAAUACUAUGCUGCUUUCCAUUCUUUGUGUUCUGGUAUCGGUAUUCAAGCUCUUGUUCUUCCUGUGGCCUUCACUAUUCUAGGAUGGACAUGGGGAAUAAUCUGCUUAACACUAGCAUUCAUAUGGCAACUCUACACAUUAUGGAUACUAGUUCAACUCCACGAGUCAGUAGAGACCGGUAUGCGUUACAGCAGAUAUCUCCAACUAUUCAGUCUAACAUUUGGAGAAAGACUAACAAAGCUACUAGCCUUGUUCCCAAUCUUGUACCUAUCUGGGGGCACGUGUACGGCUCUGAUCAUCAUAGGAGGAUCAACGGGGAGGAGCUUCUUCCAGAUAGUAUGUGGACCAGAGUGUGCGAGGGAGCUGACCACCGUGGAGUGGUACUUGGCGUUCACAUGCGUGGCGGUGGUGCUGUCUCAGCUGCCUAACAUGAACUCAAUCGCCGGUGUUUCACUCAUUGGAGCCAUUACAGCAGUUGGGUAUUGUACCAUGAUUUGGGGUGUGUCUGUGCACGAGGGCAGGCUUCCUAAUGUGUCUUAUGACCCCAUUAGAGCUGGUAGCAGUGUUAUGGAGCAGAUAUUCAGUGUGUUCAAUGCUCUUGGGAUUGUUGCUUUUGCUUUCAGAGGCCACAAUCUUAUCCUUGAGAUUCAGGCCACCAUGCCAUCGAGUGAGAAGCACCCUUCGCACGUGCCAAUGUGGAAAGGAGUGAGAGUUUCAUACACUCUGAUAGCUGCAUGCCUAUACCCUCUAGCCAUCGGAGGCUACUGGGCAUACGGCCACUUGAUCCCAGCCAACGGCGGAAUGCUCACAGCCCUCUUCCAGUUCCACUCCCGGGACGUGUCGAGCUUCGUCUUGGGCCUAACAAGCUUCUUCGUCAUAGUAAACGCACUCUGCUCCUUCAACAUCUACGGCAUGCCCACGUUCGACGACAUAGAGUCCAAGUACACCAGCAAGAAGAAGAAGGCCAUGCCGUGGUGGCUGCGCGCGUUUUCUCGAACCAUGUUUGGCUUCUUCUGCUUCUUCAUUGCCGUUGCUCUGCCAUUCUUGGGAAGCUUGGCUGGCCUCAUUGGUGGCCUUGCACUGCCCGUUACAUUGGCUUAUCCUUGUUUCAUGUGGCUCAAGAUCAAGAAGCCUAAGAAGUUCAGUCCCAUCUGGUGCCUCAACUGGUCUCUUGGGGUCUUGGGGAUGUUUCUUAGUGUUGUGAUUGUUGCUGCUGGGCUUUAUGUUGUUGUUGAAACUGGUGUUGAAGUCAGUUUCUUCAAGCCUCACUAAUAAUCAGAUACAAUAUCAUCAUGUGUAGAAGAGAUUAAGUUGAGAACAAUGACUACCAAUAUUGUGUGUUGUUGUUCUAUUUUUAUUAAACCAAUAUUGAGAUUGUAUCUCUCCCACCCAAGUGUGUUAUUUAUACCCCAUCUAUAAAUACCAUUGAUUAUAAAAAAUUUA